GGGUCACACCAUUGCUCGAGAAAACUUUGAAAUGUUGCUUUCAUUAGUGGAAAAAGACAGUAAAUCAGAGGAAACAAAAAGACUACACCCCCCCGUUAGGCCCUUACACCCCCCUCCACACACACUUGAAUCUUUUCAUUCAAGUUCUGAAAAAAAAUCUAAUAUUUUUUUCUUCUGACUGAUUCUCUCUUAUUAUUACCACGUAUGCAUGCAAGGGUCAUUCAAUUUGUUUGAUUACUUCCAAAAGUAGGAGAAUCUCAAUCUCACUGACCUUAUCAUAUAGUACAAUAUUAUUAUAUAUGUUUUUCAAUGUUUUGAGAUAAAUAGUAUAUAUGAGCAGUGUUGUAGAUGUGGUAUAUCAAAGGUUUUUAUUUCAUCUACUCAAAAAUAGUUAUAUGGAAUCUAAGAUGAAUAGUUUUGUUGUUGAUCAUGAGAAGUACAAACAAGAAGAAAAUCAAGAAGAAUUGGAAUUACAACAUAAAGAAGGUGGUGUUCAUGAACAUGAUCAUCAAGAGGAAAAUGAUGAGAUUCUUAAGACAAGAAUCUCUAACCAUCCUCUCUAUGAACUUCUUGUUCAAGCUCACUUGGAUUGUUUGAAGGUUGGUGACAUUUCUAACUUGGAGAUAGAGAAAUCAGAUAAAAAGCAAACACUGAAGAAACAAAACUUGGAUAUGUUAAGCCAAUCUGAGCUUGAUCUCUUCAUGGAAGCAUAUUGUUUGGCACUUAGUAAGCUAAAAGAAGCAAUGAAGGAACCACAACAGAAUUCAAUGGCUUUCAUAAACAACAUGCAUUCACAACUUAGGGAACUAACUCAGGCAACUUCAUCUUCUAGUGAACCAGAUGCUACUACAUCUUCAAGUGAGUGCACAUUCAGAAGAAAUCCAUCAAUUUAGAGGUUGAUGACUUGAUUUUCAGUAGUGUGGUUGUGCAUGUAAUAUCCUAAGAUAGGUUAAUUAAUUAAGGUUUCAAUUAUUGUCAAAUUGUCAUGUCCAUGUUUGAAAUGUUAUUUUAUGUGAAAUUAAUGGGCAAUGAAUGUUGUUAUAAAUUAAUUAAUCUAUAGUAUUUCCCCUUAUCUCA